UCUCUCUCUCUCAUACACACACUUUCUCUCAUCUUAUCAUCCUCAUCCUUUCUUAUCAUUUCUCUCUCUCUCUCUCUCUCUCUCAUCUUCUUCCUCAUUUUCACAAUCCAAAUAACCAAUAGUGAUUCAUUCAACUGUUGUUGAUUCCAACAAGUUGAUCAUCUUUAAGUUUGUUUAUCAUUAGUUUUGAUUAUUUCUCCUCAUCAUCUGCUUAUCAUCAUUAAUGUCCAAUAAUUAUAACCCUUUAAUGAUGAUCAAAUGAAUGAUCCCUUUAAUUGUAAUCGAUCAAUAAUCAAAUUAUCAACAGAAAAGAAAACAUUAACUUAAUUUAUCAUUGAAAAGGUUAACCUCCUAAAUGGAAACCAUAAAGUAAAACUUGGAUAUAUUUUCACCUUGGGAAUUAAUCAAUUGAUCAAAUUUUUCUCUCUCUUUAUUUCAUAUCAUAAAAAUAAGUUGGUUAAUAAGUUGAUCAUCAUCAUCAUUAAACUUUCAUCAGUCAGUUAAUUUGUGACACUCUUUUUGUAUUAUAUUAUCAUCGUCAUCUUCAUCACUCCAUCAAUCAUAAUUCAUUCAUCAUUCACACUGUUGAGAUUUCCAUCAAUCCUGAGUUCUUGAAAACAACAACAAAAACAACAGAAAAUGCCUCCAAUGUCCACUCAUGUCCGUUCAGUUCGAAGUGUUGGUCCAAGUUCAUCGGCGAAAAAUUCAUCAACUGAUCAGAUCGUAAAUAAUUUGUCUCAAUCUUUCAUCGAAAACACCACAGAAUCAACAUCACCAAGUUUCGGAGAGACAUCAACAUUUCAAUUAUCAUCAGAUGAACCAUCAGAUUGGCCAAUUGCGGUAAAUGAGACACCAGGUACACUUGAACCUAAAUUGAUGGGUAUAUUUGAAUUAUCAGCAUCUCCAUCAUUUACAACUACAAAUCGACCAGCACCGGUUAUAACUACUCCGUCACAGAUAUCAUUUCCUCCGCCAAUCUCAUCAUAUUCAAAUAAAACCCACAAAAUGGCCCAGGGUGGUAAUAGUAAAGGUUUAGAGUUAGGUGGUGGUCAGUCUUUGAAUAGCAGAUAUAAUGUUCAGGAUAAUUCUGAUCCUGAAUACAUGGGAAAGGGUAGAGAAUUUGUUGAUGAUAUUUCCUCGGCAUCUCAUAUGCCCGUUUGGAGUGUCCUUUUCGUCCUAAUGGUCAGCGGUGGUGUUUGUGUGCUAAUUUUUUACUGUUGUCUUCAUAAAUGGUGGAAACGGUGGAGGCCAUCGGGCAUUGGUGAUAAGGGUAAAGGGUUAAUACCUGGAAAGGUUGACCUCAAAUCGGUUCAACUAUUGGGACAAACUUACAAAGAAAAGAUUCAACCUGAUCAGGAAGAGUUAACAACAAACAUGGAGGAACAAGCAGAAGACAAAGAUUCAACUCGAAGUGAAGUUAAAUUGGGCCGAUUACAAUUUAAAAUUGAUUAUGAUUUUAAUCAAAAUAAUCUUUCAGUUACUGUAAUUCAAGCUGAGGAGCUUCCAGGAUUAGAUCUGAGUGGAACCAGUGAUCCUUAUGUAAAGGUUUAUCUACUUCCGGAUAAGAAGAAAAAAUUUGAAACUAAAGUUCAUCGGAAAACAUUGAACCCAGUUUUCAAUGAGACUUUUGUUUUUAAGGUCACCUAUUCAGAGAUAACCAGUAAAACUUUGGUAUUUGCAGCCUAUGAUUUUGACAGAUUCUCGAAACAUGAUCAGAUUGGUGAGAUACGAAUACCAUUGAAUACCAUUGAUUUAGCACAGACCAUUGAAGAAUGGAGAGACUUGACCAGUGCAGAAGGUGAACAAGGACAGCUUGGUGAUAUUUGCUUCUCACUUCGUUAUGUUCCCACGGCGGGUAAACUGACGGUGGUCAUUUUAGAGGCCAAAAAUCUUAAGAAAAUGGAUGUUGGCGGCCUUUCCGAUCCCUAUGUUAAAAUCGCUCUCAUGUUAAAUGGAAAACGGAUUAAGAAGAAAAAAACUUCCAUUAAAAAGUGUACCCUUAAUCCCUAUUAUAAUGAAUCAUUUACCUUCGAGGUUCCUUUUGAACAGAUUCAAAAGGUUUACCUGAUCAUUACUGUUGUCGAUUAUGAUAGAAUCGGAACUUCAGAACCAAUUGGAAAGGUGAAUCUUGGUUGUAACGCAACGGGUACUGAACUACGACAUUGGAUGGACAUGUUGGCCUCACCUCGACGUCCGAUAGCCCAAUGGCAUUCACUUAAAGACCCAGAUGACAUCGGUGGCAAAGAGUAAAUAUUUAAUCAUCAUCAUAAUCGUAAUCAUAUAAUACUUAAUGAAAGGAAACCAAACAUUGAGCUUUUCCCAUGGUGAGAAAAAAAAAUUACCAAUUACUAAAUUGUUACUCUUUCUAAAUAAAUCACUAAAUUGUUAAUUGUUGGUUUCAACUAACAAUUAACUCAAUGGAUGAGUUUUAUUUUACCAGUUAGAAAGUGUGAUUAGUGAUUGAUCAAUUUAUCAAGUGAUAUAAUUAAUUGUUAACCAAUUUACUAAUUGAUCUCUAAUCAAUAUCCAACUUCCAUUGAGAUUUGUCAUUGAAAUUGUCAAUGAUUAGUAAAUCAAAUUGUCCAGAAAAAAAAAUUAAUUCAUUUGUUUCCUCCUUUCACAAUGAUAUUUAAUUGUCACCAGAAUUUAAUUGAUUAUCCCAAUUUCAUUUGAUUCCAUAAUUUUCACAUUAAUUAGUUAACCUUUCUAAUCAAUCAACUAAUUUAAAUUCAUCAAUAGUUAACAAUUAACCUCCUUCCAAGAUAUCGGACAUUAUUAUGUCCACAAUUAUAAAUUAGUAAUGAUGACCAAACCCUAUUGAUUAAGUUAAUGAAAAGUGAAAGGUGUGAUAAUGAGCAAUUGACACAAUUAAAUUACUAUAAUUAUUAAUAUCAAUUUCUAAUUAACGAUCACAAUUCAAUACUUGUUACCAAUUGUAAACCUGUUGACCAAUUGACCAUUUGUUACCUUUGUCAAUGCCUUUAAACUUGAAUAUAUUAAUCAUCUUGUUACCUUUUCAUUUGUCUAUGUGUUAAAUUAACUUAAUUGUCUUAAUUGUGAGAAAAUGUCAUUUUUCCUAUUCUUAUAUUUGAAUACAAUUAUAAUAAUAAUCAACUCACAAUUCGUAACGUAAUUAAAAUCCUCAAUUAAACUCAGUUUUUGUUUUGCUCUGACUUGAGAAAUUAAGUCUUUACUUGAAGCUAGUGAUAAGUGGACCAAAGGUCUUGACCAAAGGAACCAAAUGAAAACCCAACACUUUAAUUGACCAGUUAAUUACAAUUAUUGGUUAAUUGUUUAAAAGUUUUCACGUUAAAAAGGUUGGAAGUGUCAAUAAAAGGCCAACAAUUAAACUCAUACCCCCUAAUCUAUCAAAACUAAUACGAAAUGACCAAUACACCGAAUGGAUAUUUGGACAUUUGGUGGAAAAUUUAUUAAGUAUUAAUUAAUUAAUUCUAUCGAUUGAUUUGAUUAUGUUGUUUACUUUCAAUUGUAAUUAUAAUUUCAAAUGCAAGAAUCAAUGUAAAUGCAAUGCAUCAUAAUCCCAAUAUCUUAUCCCUCUGGAAAAUUGUAUUAACCAUUAGUGAUUUAAUUUAAUUGCUAACAAAUGAACCUUAAUUAACUCAUACAUUAAAUAUUGUGUUUUUAAGUUUA